AUGGCGCAUUGGUCCAGUAGCUUCCCUUGUGCCCUUCGCCUGUGCCUUGAACAAUCUGGCCCUCAUGCUCACUCUCAUACUCACCCGCGCCCUUGUACUCACCCUCAUGCUCACCCUCAUGCUCACCCUCGCCACUGGGCCUGUUCUCGUCGAGGGCCAUGCAUCCACUGUCUUGGUGGAGAUGCCCCAGAGCUUCAGACGAUCUGA